AGGAUCGGAUGGGUGCAACUCAGCUUACUUGGUGGAGCAAAACUGGAGGGAUUCGUAUACGGCGGACGGAUCUGUUGGUGCUGUGAUCGAUUGGGCAAUACCCGAUGAGGCUUUUGAGUUGAGCAAAUCUGGAAAAGAAUAUAGUUGUAAGCAGUACGGUUUGAUUCUUGACGAGCCUCAUCUGGACAAAUCAAUUCGAUGUUAUUGUAACCAUGGUUAUCAAGGGAAUGCAUAUCUUCUUAAUGGAUGCCAAGAUAUUGAUGAAUGCCUUGAUGAGACUAAAAAUCCUUGUGGGGAAGUGAAGUGUAUUAAUAGGCCCGGCUCUUACCAAUGUGAACGAAGAAAAACUUGGGUUAUUCCUUUAGGAAUGGGUCUUGGCUUUGGAUCAUUGUGCUUAGUGAUGGGUGGAUGGUGGCUAUACAAAUUUGUAAAGAAAAGAAGGGAAAUCAAGUUGAAGAAAAAGUUUUUCAAACGCAACGGUGGGUUAUUACUGCAACAACAAAUGUUUGCAAAGGAUGGAGGUUUAGAGAACACCAAGAUAUUUACUUCCAAGGAGUUGGAUAAAGCAACGGAUAAUUUCAACAAGAACCGAGUGGUCGGCCAAGGCGGACAAGGUACCGUUUACAAAGGAAUGCUGACCGAUGGCCGAAUUGUCGCCGUUAAAAAGUCCAAAGGAAUGGUUGCAGAGAACGUCGAAGAGUUCAUCAAUGAAGUCACCAUUCUUUCUCAGAUUAACCAUAGACACGUGGUUAAACUGUUAGGAUGCUGCCUUGAGACACAAGUUCCGUUACUGGUUUACGAAUUCGUCUCCAAUGGAACGAUUUUCCAGUACUUGCAUGACCAAAGUGAUGAAUUUUUUAUGUCGUGGGGAACACGCAUAAGAAUCGCCAAAGAAACCUCCGAAGCCCUAUCGUAUUUGCACUCUUCGGCUUCUAUUCCGAUUUACCAUCGAGACAUCAAGUCCACCAACAUCUUAUUGGAUGAAAAGUUCAAGGCGAAAGUUUCGGAUUUCGGGAUAUCGAGACUAAUUCCCAUCGAUCAAACUCACUUGACUACCAAUGUUCAAGGCACGUUUGGGUACCUAGAUCCCGAGUAUUUUCAAUCGAGUCAAUUCACGGAGAAAAGUGAUGUCUAUAGCUUUGGAGUGGUGCUCGUCGAGUUACUAACAGGGGAAAAGCCGGUUUCGUUUGAAAGGGAUGAAAAUCGUAGAAGUUUAGCCUCGUAUUUCAUCAAUUCCGUGGAAGAGAAUCGAGUGUUCGACAUCGUUGACAGUCGAGUUAUGAAGCAAGCAAAACGUGAAGAAGUAAUGAUGGUGGCUAAACUUGCGUACCAAUGCUUGAGCUUGAGUGGGAAGAUGCGACCAAUGAUGAAAGAAGUAAGUAUACAGUUGGGGCAUAUUCUUUAAAUGCAAAAGUAUUCGAAUGUCGAUCAACACAAGCAAGAAGAGAUGGAGUGUAUUAAAAUGGAUUUAAGCAGUAGCUCUCGCGAUUCCAUGUAUUUUU